UUAUCUCUAGCUAAAGUAAUAUUACUGAGAAAACAACUUUGUUUCAGAUCUGCCCUGUUCAGCAAAGCAAAUAUGUUGAAAGCAAACUUUUUCCUUUGGAUCGUUCUACUAUUUCACGUUAUUAAGAUAAUGGGGACUACAGAUUUGACAAUAAACAGCGUAAAACUAAAACAUAAUCUUGAAGAUGUUGGAGACAUUAAAGAAGGAAGCAACAUAACUCUGACUUGUUCAGUGGAUAUCCUGACAGCUUCUGGUCAACCACCUCAUAUUUCAUAUUUAAUCUAUAAGGGACAGAAAGAUGUUCUAUUGAAACGUGAUACAAUUGAAGCGCAAGAAUUUCAGUAUGUAAUACAAUCUGCUCGACCCUCACAUUCUGGAUACUACCAUUGUGAAGUGACAACAGGAAGUCAAAGGGAAGAAAGUACUUCCAUGUUUAUUACAGUUACAGGAAAUUUACAGACACCUGUACUCACUAUACAACCGAUGGAGGUGGUUCUGGGAGAUUCGACUGAGCUGUGCUGUACAUCUGAAGAAAUCCCUCCUCUUAGAUUCAUAUUCUAUAGAUAUAAAAAUGGACCAAACCCCCAGCGUCUCCAUGAUACUACAAGCAAUAACAAAUCUGCAACACACCGACUGAAGGUGACAGCAGAUGCAGAGAAAAACUAUAGUUGUACAGUCGAAGUGAGUGCUACCAGAAGUAUCUCAAAGCACAGUGAAAUAGUACAACUUACAGUACAUAAUCCAUUUUCAGGUCCAAUAUUUGAAAUUGAACCAUCAGAUAAAAUAGUUGAAGGAGGUAAUCUCACCAUUAAAUGCAGGGUUACGUCUUUGCUCCCUCAUGUAAAACCUCAAUUAAUCAUUAUGAAGGAUACAACUCCAAUACGCACAGGAAGUGCAAGCUGUGUGGUAUUUUCUAAAACAGCAAAUGUAACUGAUGCAGGAGACUACGGGUGCAUGGUGAAGUGGAACAGUCUAUCUCAAACAGUAAGAAGACAAGUGAAUGUGACAGGAGCCCAGUCUCAAGUUUCACUACCAGCCCCGGUGGCCUGGAUUUUAGCUACUGCACUGUUUCUCAGUGUCAGCACCAUUUGCUCCAACUAAAGAAGCUCAGACAAACCUUUGGUCACUUUUAUUCAAUCAACAGUUGUGAAGGGAUAAGAGAAUAACAUGCCAAUGAUGCUGAGAGAAUUUCAAGGAUCAGUGCCAAAUGCCUGACCCUUGCAUGUUUGCAUUGCUGUAAUUUGGAGGCCUUUUCCCUUUGCUGCGUAGGCAAUGGGGAGCGCAAUCAGUUAAAUUUGAUGGACAGCAAUAUUCUGCAAAAAGCUCACACCCAGAAGGACUGUGGUAGCCAGUGGUAACACCCUGCUUUUGUGAUAUAGUCACAGAGAUACUUUCUGUUGUUUAACUGCAGGUAACAGCUACUUUGU